ACCUAAGUAUUGUUGAUGAGUGUUCCCAUUUUCCGUGCCCAGUGUGUCCCAACAUGGCUGGACGAUGAAGAGACGGGGUUCGGGGACCAGGAAAACCAUGUCCUGCUGAGGAUUAUUAUGGCCGAUGUUGGCGACAAAGGAAAAUAUAAGAAGAAGAUAAGAAAGGUAUUUAAUAAGCCUGAUCGUGAGUUUGAUACUUUUCUGCUGGACACCAUGCGUGCACCAGUAAUCCAUGUGUUAGGGAAACCUGCAGACUUUAAGGGUGGCUCCAGUAACUCCAACAACUAUGAGCACCCACAUCCCCAUGGCUGGGAAAAGCGUGGCAGUGGUCGCUACCAUGAUGAGUGGGAGAAGAGAGGCAGUCUUGGGGGAGGUGCAGGGACAGGCAGUAUCCUGAGAAUCAGUGAAGGAAGCAGGAACUCCAUUUUUUCUGGGGAUUCUGGAAGACCUCCUGGGAGGGGAGAGGAAGGUGAAGAGCCACCUCAAUCAGGAGUGGUUACUCCCACGCCAGUCAUUCUCUCUCGGGCACGCAGCAGUAGUGAGCAGCGAUCUACUUCCCCCAGUUCUGCUGUGGUGACAUCCAGGAAAGACUCUGCACCUGUUGUGAAUGCUGGUAGUGCUCCGGCCAGCCAGCAGUAUCACAUUGCCCCAAAGCCUCUCAUGAUGGAAGCCUCGCUUACACCUGAGAGGAUGAUGAAAGGCCCAUUACGCCUUCUGGAUGAAAGCCUUAGCCUAUGUGAUGAUCUUGGGCCUUACUUGCUGGACCAGAGCAACUUCCUUGUGGUGGCUAUGAUGGGUCUGCAGGGUGUGGGCAAGUCCUGUCUGGCUUCCCUACUUGUUGACCCUACCAUCAACAUUCAUAAGAGUCGAUCAUGUAUGUUCCGGCCAGAGAGUCUGGAGCAAGUUAUGUCUGCAUGUCAUGGGACCAAUGGCAUUGAAAUUUACAUAACUGCAGAACGUCUUAUGAUUCUGGACUGCCAACCUCUUUUGUCCUCUUCUAUCAUGGACAGGCUUAUCACACAGGAAAAGAAGUUCACCUCUGACUACAACUCCACAGAGAACCUGAUGGAGGUGGAAUCCCUUCAGGUGCUGACAUUUGUGAUGAGCAUUGCCCAUGUGGUGCUGCUGGUUCAGGAUGUUGCAGCAGAUCCCACCCUCAUUCGUCUCCUGCAAACAUGUGAGAUGAUGAAGCCUUCCUCUUCCUCGUCAAACACCUCUUCCUCUUCCUCUCCUGCCAAUUCCUCUGCUGCUGAAGACACCCAACAAUAUUUCCCACAUGUAGUGUUUGUCCACAACCGUGCACCUCUUCACCACUUCACCCCAGCAACAUUGAAGAGACUGCAGUGUGUUUAUCAAGAAGCCUUUAUGGGAUCGUGCCUAGAGAGUGAGAGUCGUGUGGGUGUGUGCAACAGUUUAACUUACACCCCAUUGGCACAAACAUCUUGUGGCAGUCUUGUCAACCUCUUCUUGCUGCCAGAUCUCCACCAGAAAGAUCACAGUCCUGUAGUUUCCUUCAGUGAGGCUGUAUGUGAAAUGCGACGUCAGGUGCUAAGCCUACGUCGUCUGCCUCUCACUCAUGUCACCCUGACGGAAAAGUCUUGGUACCAGUAUGUUUGCCGCACCUGGGAGAGUGUGCGCAAGUGGAGUCUAUUCAUGGAGUACAGCCGCCUGCUGCCUUGAGCGGUACUGGUGCUUGUAUGUGGACAUCUCCUGCCUAGCACCACUGCCCACACUACCUGGGUGUCGUGCUGCAAGUGACGCCUGGCGCCAUUCUCUGGCGCGCUCUGCCCACUGUGGGACUCACAGCCAGUCGGCCCCGCCCUGCUCCUGCCCCUCCCCAUCCCACAAUUCAGGUUGUGGGCAUGGGAUCAUCAUUCUGAGGGGGUCGGUGUGCACGUGGGCAUCGUGCCCAGCUGUGGGAGUGGCACUGCGUCGUAUGUUGUUUGGAGCUGUAGUCCUUGGUCACCACCUUGGACAGCAGUUGUGAAUGGCCCAGCUACUUUGUUGGGUCUCUUCAGGUUGCAUUGUUAUUUGUGUGGGUGCCCAUUACAGUAGUUCCUCACUUUUGUGGCAUUUGUGUAUAAGAUCCCAUCUAGGAGUCCUCCUAGAUUCAAAGUAUGUUUUAACAAAGAACCAUAUUUAGUGAGAAGCAACCACAAACCAUGAUCAGUGAGGUACCACGGUAAUGAGUACGCCAUAACAAAAACUUUAGUAACAUCAUCCCUGACCUUAUCAGAGUGGGUCUGGCUUUUCAGUACAUCAUGUUUAACAUAAGAGUGGAGUAGCUCAUUUGGUCAGCUUAUGAAUCAUUCGAAGGACAGAAGAAAGGUUGUGAGCAGUUUGAAGCUAUUUCAAAUUCUGAUCUUUACUUGCACCAAGAUUAAUUCUAACAAUUUUUUCUUGAAAAGACUCCAUGAUUAAGAAUGACUAAAUGCAAAUAAGUAUGCAUGCUUUUGUGUGUGUGUGUGUGUGUGUGUGUGUGUAUGAGACAACCUCUGCAUUGCAAUAUUAUAUCUAUUAGUUGAUUGUUUACAAAUCAUUAUCCGUUAAAAGGUAAAAGUAUAGUUUUUCAUACAAACUGCAAAGUAAAACUAAAUAAAUAAGCAAAUAAAUGCUAAUAUAUGCACAAUGAAAGCAACUGGAGAUCAUUUACUACAAUAUAUAUAUAUAUAUAUAUAUAUAUAUAUAUAU